AUGUCAUCCGACCCGAAAGAUAUCAUCGCGCGUCUGCAGCAGUGGGGUGCCUGCGAUGUUGCCGAUGGCCUAUCAAAGCUCAAGUACCCCAAUGGCGGUUUCCUUGAAGGUCUGACCAUGUACUCCCCACAAUUCCAAGCCGGGGAGACCAAGAUCGUCGGCCAAGCAAUGACCGUCAAGUUUGUCCCCAAGUCAGACGUUUCGUCCCCGAAAGUGCAGGGCAACUAUAUCGACAAAAUCCCCGAAGGCGCUGUAGUCUUCAUCUCUCAGCCUCUUCCUCAUGUCAAUGCUGUCUACGGCGGUCUCAUGACUCUGCGUGCUCAAGCCCUCAACGCAACCGGUGUCGUAAUCGACGGGCGUGUCCGUGAUCUGAACGAACACCGCGCUCUCAACUUCCCUCUCUUUGCGAAGUCAGUGGGUACAACCGCUGGAGGCGAAGUAUGUCGUCCCUCGGAAGUGAAUGUUCCCGUUCGUCUCAAUUCUGAAAACCAAGAUGCGUGGAUCAACCCCGGUGACUAUAUUAUCGCCGAUCUUAAUGGCGUUGUACGGCUUCCUCAGGAGCUUGCUGAACAGGUUCUUGAUGCUAUUCCCGCUAUUGCUGAUGCUGAUGCAAAGUGUGCGGAGGCUAUUAAGGCGGGCCGUUCUGUGGAGGAUGCUUUUAGGGAAUUUCGUGGUCGUUAA